UCCGAAUUGAUCCGAGGGAUCCGAGUGAUAUGGUCAUGGGUUUGUGUUUGACAUUUGAAAAUGUGAAAUGUUAAGUAUCUCUUAGCAACCAGUCUUUUGUAAAUCGCAGAGGGAGAAAAUGUCAGGAGUUGGGAAUGUAUUGUUUCCACGUUCUAGAAAUACUUCGAAACUGUCAACACGAAUAGAUGCUGAUGGAAGAGAAGUUGAGGUUGAAGUGCGAGAAGAUGAAGAACAGAAAGUUAAAUUACAAGAAAUUGUUGAUCUGCUUGUGGCUGCAGGCUAUUUUAGAGCUCGUAUCAAGGGCCUUUCAUCAUUUGACAAGGUUGUUGGAGGAAUGACAUGGUGCAUUGAGACUUGCAAUUUUGAUGUUGAUGUGGACCUUCUCUUCCAUGAAAAUCUCACAAUUGGACAGAAAAUUGCUCUUACAGAGAAAAUAGUAGCUGUACUACCUGAGAUGAAGUGUCCGCACCGCAUCGAGCCCCAUCAGAUACAGGGCCUUGAUUUCAUUCACAUCUUUCCAGUCAUACAAUGGCUUGUGAAAAGAUCGGUGGAGACCAGAGAGGAGAUGGGCCAUUUUGUUCAGUCAUUUGGUGUGAGCCAGUUCAAUAAGUUAUGUCCAUUGGUUGAAAAGCAGCGAGUGAUGACACAGCAAGAAAACAUUCUGCGAAACAUCCUUACCAUCAAGGAAGUUUAUCGACCGCAGCGUCACUUUCGCCGGAAGGAUGCUCCACCUGAAGAGGAAGAGUCCUGCGUUCAGAGCACCCUCCUAGAGUAUGGCUACAGCCGCACCGUUGCCGUAUCUGCCGCAGCAGAACCUGGAGAGAGAGGGGAGGAGAACGGUGAGCAGAUCUUCCCAGAAGUACAGGAGACACAGAGGUUGGAGGAGCAGCGAAUUCAGACCCUGAUGAAGAACAUGGCACACGUGGCAGAGCAGGAGGGCCGCCUGACUGCAGGCGUUGUUGGUAAUAUUGUGAGCUUGCAAGCUCAGGAAAUUGCUCAAGCAGCCGAACGAUACGCAGAAUUGCAAGCUGAGCUAGAAGGUAAAGGAGGCGCCUCUCCGUCUAGUCAUGCGAGAGCCCUAGCAGCACUGGGCAAACAGAAGGCUGCCCUCACGGAACAAGAGCUGAGGCUGAAGAAGGAGAGGGCAUGUUUGGAGACAGCGAUUGAACAGGAGUCAUUGCAGCUGCGACAGGUGUGUGCAGUUCGCGAGCAGGUGGACAAGGAGCUUAAAGACAUGGAGUCUUUGGAGACUGAGGAAAACCAAGGGAUAUUGCAAAAGCUGCAGACGCUUGUGGUACUGGAUGAGAGCCUGAAGCAGCAGGAUGUGCAGUUCCGAGAUCAGUGCAAAUUGGAACUUGGGAAAUUGCAGAAGCUGGUCAAGGAUGCACAGGAGAGUGCUACACCAGAUAAUGACACUGAUAAUGUGUCAAUACAGUUUGAAGAGGAACAAGAUCGUGUUCAGAAACUACGUCUUCUGCUGGCUAAACGAACCCGAUCAAUUGCUACACUGCAGAGGCAACUGGAUGAGGUACCGGGUCGUGCGGAGCUGGCACAGUAUCAGCGCCGGUUCUUAGAACUUUAUAAUCAGGUGGCUGCCAAACAUAAGGAGACCAAACAGUUUUAUACUUUGUACAACACACUGGAUGAUAAGAAGUUAUAUUUAAGCAAAGAAUUAACAUUACUGAACUCCAUCCUGGACAACUACACAGAGGCCAUGUCGUCGACAAGUGGUAAAGAGCAGUUUAUGAAGCAAUUUGACGCUAUUGUUGAGGGCAUCAAGCAAAACAAAGUGAAAGUAGAACACAGGCAUAGUGAGGAACAUCAGCGCCGAGACAAGUUGAGUCACGAGCUGUUGGGAUUAGUAGAGCAGCAGCGUCGGUAUGUGGCCGCUGUGAGACAGCUCACCAUUGAGUGCCGUCGUAAUGAAGCUAUGCUUGCCCGGCUUCGAGGAACGUAACUUCUGUCCAUAAAAUGUUUGUCACAAAUACUACUCAGUUAAUGGAAAUAUACUCUCUAAAGGAUGGAAAUGUUAGUCAUUCUGUAAGAGUGAGGUAUGAAUGUAUGAGGAGUAGGCCUUCUCAGCCCUUGCACCACGACCUACAGUGGUCUGUUGUGCUUCCCAAGAGUGAGGUAUCUUGUUAGGUAACAUUGCCUGCAUAUGUAUGUUUGCAUACUUUAUAUUUGUGUGUCAAUUUGGCCGUACUCUACAAGGCUAAAGUAGGAUUAUAUUUGUAUAAUAAAUGUGUUAUAUUAAUGCUUUCCAA